AUGGCCGGCAAAGCGCACGCCCACGCUCACGCCCACGCUUUCCAGCAAGCCUGCCGUACUAGCAUUCGCAUACAGUCGACCACACGCCCUCCUGCACCGUACUUCCAGACCACACGAAGCUCUGCUUCCCCACCAACGAGGCGCAACUUGACCACAUAUGUUCCCAACAAGCCUCGAGGCAGUGAUAGCCGCUCCAUAGCCCGUCGGCCUUGUCAGCGUUAUGCCAGCACCGGCACCGGCACCACCUCAGGCCCCAGCAGACGAGCCGUCACCGUGACGAGCGACGACGGGCGGUACAACUGGUCUGAAUUGAGCACUGGGGAAAAGGCGGCGCGCGGGACACAGCAGACGUUCAACUUCCUGCUGGUUUCGCUGGGCCUGGUUGGGACUAUCACAAUAUCCUACCUCCUCUAUACCGAGCUCUUCGCCCCCGACAGCGCCACCAUCCAGUUCAACGCCGCCGUCAAGCGCAUCAAAUCGUCCCCGGAAUGCCGCGAACUGCUGGGCCCCGCAUCCCAGAUCAAGGCGUACGGCGAGCCCACCUCGAGUAAAUGGGCGCGCGCCCGGCCCCUGGCCCACGGCUCCGAAGUGGACAAGUUCGGCACCACGCAUUUCCGCAUGCAUUUCAACGUCGAGGGCCCUGACGGCCGUGGCGUCGUCACCGUCCACAUGACCAAACCUAGGGAUGAGGACAGGUUGGAGUACCAGCUGCUCAGUUUGACCGUCAAGGGUCACGAGACGGUCUAUCUGGAGAACAAAGAUGCAGAACAUGGAGUCAAAGGAAAAGUCGGCAAGAUGUUCGGUGUACAGUGGCGUUAG